GAUCUUUGCAUUCAAGAGUCUAGGUCAAAAUUUAUGUAGAAAUUUAUCCAAAUUUGUAUUUACCCCAAAGUAGUGUGAUUUGAGCGGCAUGUUUUUUAAGCGGUGUUGCUUUUUCUUGCCUCUGAAUGUGGGAUGCAUGAUCAUCGCCGGGAUAUUCAUUACUUUUCACGUCGGGGAGCUCAUAACGCAUACAAAUGACACGGUUUUUAUCAAGGAGGUAUCCCAUAAGUCCUGGAGUCCUGUGGUUAUGUCUCCGAUCUUGAUUUUUGGGACCCUGAGCUCCAUAUUGCUAAUCUAUGCGGCCUCCAACCGCAAACGAGGCUUUGUCCUAACCUGGUUAGUCGUGUAUGUAAUUAUUCUCUGCUUGUAUGUCAUUCUGACCGUUGUCAACUUAGCUACGUCUAAACCUCCUCCGAUUUUAUUGAGCGUACAAGUGGUCAUUAUAGUUGGCGUAAUAUACUCCCUGAUGAUUGUGCAUGCCUACUACAAUUACCUAAACAGUGCGGACUCUGACGAUGCGAUUUGACCAGCUGACGACUGAAUAAAAAGGGAAAAAAUCAAA